GAUGGCGACUUCCUUGGAAUGCAUACUCGUGGGAGCAUGUGAUGAAGAAAUUCCGCCUUCAUACCGCACAACUUGGCAAUGUAACAAGCUUGGCGGAAAUCCAGACUGGAUGCAUCCAAAUUCCAGCUGUCCAUCGUGCAGUGCUUGUGGUGAUCCGCUCUAUCUAGUCACACAGAUAUACUGCCCUCUAGAGGCAUCAUCAUACCACAGGACUCUCUACAUCUUCUCCUGCGUGAGGAAAGCCUGUGUAAACAAGAGAGAAAGUUGGAAGGUGCUUCGAAGUCAGCUUCUCGUUCCACAGAGUGAAGUUGUCAAGCAAUCCACUAGAAAUGUUACAAAAGUUGUUACUAGGACAACGGAUGAGUGGUGUGAAGAUGCAGAUGACUGGGGCAGUGAAUCUGAUGAGGAAAGUAUGCCUAUCAACGAACAAGUCUGUCCAGGAGCAUCAAAUAGAGGAGGGAAUGCAGAAACAUCAGUGGGAUGUCAUCACAGUCGUAUGGAUGGCUUUGACCUGUCAAGUGGUGUCGUUACUAUGGAAACACCUGCUUCACUGAAUGCAAGUUCAGCACUUAAUGGUGACAAGCGGAAAAAAGCAACUGGUGAAGCGAUUUGUGAGAAUCAUUCUUUGUCAGAACACAACGAACAUUGUUCCCUUCCUGUUCAAGAUUCAAAGAUGGACCUACUACAGGAAUAUUCAGAUGAUGGUGAUCCCAGUGAUGGCUUGGCAAAAUUAUCAAUCAGUAGCCAAUGUUCUGCAGAAGUAACUCCAACAGGCUGUAACUCAGUUUUGUCUAGUUCCCAACCUCCGUCAUUCAAAGACUACUUUGUGAGUGUUUUUGAUGAGCCGCUACCAUGCUCGGCAUCCGUUACUGAACUUACCAAUCAUGAGAGAGAGUUGAUAGAUGAGUACCAGCAGAGGGAGGGAGUGGACCUAGUGGAAUGGCAGAAGGAAAGCUCACAAACGAAGAGAGCUGCCUCUUGUGAGGAGAGCUAUGAGAAGACCACAGCCAAACAUGGAGACAAAGUCUUCCUCAGCUUUGCAAAAAAGCUUCAACUUUGCCCUGAGCAGUGCAUUCGAUAUAGCUGGUGUGGGAGUCCCCUGUACCUGACAUCGCCAAAUGAGGGCGCUGUGAUCCCACCAUGUCCGUACUGCGGACGCCAACGUGUCUUUGAGGUACAGCUCAUGCCUCCACUCAUCAACACUUUGCAUGAUGCUGAUAGACCAGAUGUUCAAAUUGAUUUUGGUGUUGUCAUCAUCUACACCUGCAAGGCAAGCUGUUGGGACGACCCUUGCCAGCCUGGCAAAUCCAACCUGAGGGAAGAACAUGUGGUAAUCCAGGCAGAUCCCGACAGUGCAUUGAUUGCCCAUGCUACAUCAUCACUGGUACUACCCUAAUGGAGUUAGUUGCAUGUAUAAUGUUCCCUCUAGUCCAUUGAGCCAAUAGUCUGUCCACUAGAUCUGGUUAAUAUACAAAAUCACUUAAUUUGAGUCAAGUUCAAAUUAAGUCACUUUUCAAAUCUAUGAAAAGCAGUAUUUUGACAGGUCAUACCCAAGAAAUCCGAGUUCCAGUUGGAUUUUACUGGUUGAUCUUAUGAUCCGAGAGUCUUCAGUUUCCAUGGCAAUCGGUAGCAUAAAGCCGAGUCAUAAAACUACUUUCAUAUAACUCCACUUAGAUUUCAAUUGACAAGUCUGCAACUCACGAUACCCAUCUCAUAUGUAAGUGGAGUACUGCUUAUAUUGCAAGAAGACAUGCAACUGCAUGCAUACCUUAUUUGGCUUCUUGGGCAUAAGGAAAGAGUCUGGAGAUCACAUGCUUUAUUUGAACAACAUAUUUCACAGAAAGAAAUAUUUAUGCAUGUUGUUAGUCCUAUAUGCAAUAAUAAAUCUUUCAUAUGCAUUUGGACUCUGUUGGUGUCGUUUUAUUCAACCAUUGAGAUGGAAACUUUCAUUUGUGUUGCUGUAAAUGCAACCAGCUCUAUAAAACUCGUGACAUGAAUUCCAAGACUGUGAAGUGAAUUCAUUCUGCAGUCUAAAUGACCAGGUGUCUCUUAACCCCACAAAUAGGCACAUUCCUCAAAGCUAGACACAAUAAGAUUUUUGCUGCCUUGAUGUGUUAAAUGUUUUUGCUUUGUAUGUCGGCCAUUUCGUGUUCAGAGGAAGGUUUCAGUGGCAGCAGUCCAGGAUCUCCAAUUUUAGUGCCCUUUCCAAGUAAGUUAUACCACAAAUGUAAAACCAGUCAGAUUUGGAGCCAUUCCACGUCCUGGCUGGCAUAUGAUGACUGUGAAGUGUGAAACAAGUGAAAUAAAAAUACAUCACGCAUAUUUACCUUGGAAA